AGCCAGACGCUGAUUCUUUUGGGCCAUACCCAAACCGCUGAUGCUUUUUGUCGACCAGACAUUGAAAUAGUGAUAAAUUCCCUAUACUGUCAACUUUGAAAAUGGUCUUAGAGGUAUCUAGCAUUAAUUGUCGAGAAGGACCGUCAUCCAUAUCCUUCUCUGGAUCUGGCUUCUUGGCCACCUACCAGUUAGGGGUUGCCCAGUGCUUUCUACAAAAUGCACCUUGGAUAGUGCAAACGGCGCCGUGUAUACUCGGAUCGUCGGCAGGAUCGUUGGUAGCCGCUGCUGUUGCCUGUGAAAUAAACCUGAUUACAAUGCGGAAUGAGAUGCUGAGUUAUGCCAAAAAGAUGCACGCCUUCACUCUUGGACCGUUCAGUCCCUCAGUCAAUGUUUUGCACUGGUUAGAAUACAUCUUACAUAAACAUCUUCCUCCUGAUGCACAUCUUCUCGCAAGUGGGCGUCUUGCUGUGGCUGUUACCCGUCUGGAUAAUGGCGAGCACUGUGUCAUCACAGAGUACCUGUCCAAAGAUGAUGUUAUACAGGCACUACUUUGCAGCUGUUUUGUUCCUGGAUAUUGUGGCAUGCUACCUCCCUCCAUCAAUGGAGUACACUACAUGGAUGGUGGCUUCAGCGGUAUACUGCCAGUGCUCUCAUUACCCGGUCGCAUUUUAACGGUGUCUCCAUUCUCUGGAGAGACAGACGUCUGUCCUGCAGACAAACCCUGUAUGUGGGACAUGGUGGUGACCGGACUCACCUUGAAGGGCAAUUUGGCAAAUGGCCUGAGGUUCUUUAAUGCACUCUACCCACUGAAAGUUGAGACUGUGGAGCAAGCCUAUCACAGCGGUUACAAUGAUGCCAUUCAUUUUCUUCUGAGCAACCAGCUUGUCUCAAACGUGAUGGAAAAAAGAAUAAUGCUGGAGCUGGACAGUUACAGUCGCACUCAAAUGCCAACAUUCCUCGAAACCACAUCAGAGGAAGAGGAGGACGAGGAAACAGAAACAACAUUGGCAUCUUUUCAAGUUGACAAAAGCAUGCAGAUGGACAGUUCUGAUGAACUUCAAUCUUGCAACUCAAUUAAAAAACAGACAUUUUCUUCGGACACUUCAAAGAACGUUCUACCUGACAAUGUGACAGAUUACAACAACAUGCUGAGACCUCCUGUUGGUUUCUUGGCUUACUUGAUGCUUCCUAUCAUGCAGUUGUUCCAGACCGAGAAAAGGACUCCAGACUUGGCUUUUUGGACUUUGUAUAGCCUGAGGCAGUUUGCAGUCUUCUUUCUCGGCAUUAUGUUUGGUACCUUCAAGAAGAACUUUAUGGACAUGUUCUUACCCUUCAUGUUGAUUCUUCAGUUGUUGAAACAGCCAUCAGAAAAGGAGGUUCCGCAUAAGCAGAAUCACCGUCCUCGUCACAAGGAGCUUUCUUGCCCUGCUCACUCCGAAAGUGUCCGGUGUGGAGGUGGCCGUUCCAUACUUCCCUUACGAAGUUUAUAAAAUACCAAAAUUAAAAGUGAUAAGACUUUAAAAAUAUAGCUCAAGCAGGAAGGUCCUCGGGAAUGGUUGUGUACAGUGUGCUCCUUUACUAUUAUGUUUUUUUUCAAAGCAGGCUUUCUAAGAUUGUACCAUAUUUUCCGGGCUAUAGAGCACAUAAGCCGCACCCACCUAAAUUUUACACACAUUUUAUUUUGUACAUAUAUUGAUUGCACAGGUCUAUAAGCCACAGGUGUACACAUUAAAACAUGAAAUAUUUACAUAGGUACUUGUGUUAAUUCACACAUUUAACAAAAGACAUACUGUAGCCUAUCGGAGAGGUCAUUCCCCCCUGUGUCUUCUUCUUUGGCGCACCGUGUACCAACCUUUUCGAGCCCCUUUAGUAGCAAUGUUUUUCUUCCUUUUUCGAUGGCCGGGUGGAUUGUCUUCGGCUUCGGGGCUUGGGUUUUACAUUUCCUCCAACACACUUCAAGCUUUCAGUAAAAUACCAAAUUCCUUAAUGUUCUUUAUGAAGUGCUGUUAUUGCAAAUGAGUUCCUUCCACGAUCAUUGUUGUGUAAACAGUAGACUGAAGUAAAACUAGCAUGCAUUUCAUUGCUAUAAUUGUUAUAUGUAACAAAUAUGCAACAUUGUAGUUCUCAACUACUUAUUGAAGCACUUAAUACUAUACAGUCAGAGUUGCUGGACUUUUGUUAAAGUACACAUGAGGAUAUUGAAUAAUUGCAUGGUGUGAACACAAAUAAUGUUUCCUGUUUUAGUUUUGCUUACUCACUAUUCACAGUAUGUCGUGAUUAUUGGUUACAGUAGUUAAUUAACGAUUUGUAAAGAAUGUUUGUUGUGAUUUUAUGAAUCUCAAAUUAAAG